CAGACGUCUAGCGGUCGGUUUCCAACCCUCAGGGCCAUCAGCACCCCUAGACUCGGCCUCUAGGCCGUUGCUGGACUGGGGUGCCGCCUAGGCGGGGCAGGGUUGGCGCAGGGCUUCGGGCCUCCCUUGUCUUCGCGAAAGGUCUUUGCAUUGAAGCCUGUCCGGGAAAUAGAGGAAAAGGAGUUGCUGGAGACAGUUGGCCGAAAAUAACGAAAUUGACCUGUUGAGAAACGUGAUACAAAUACUGGGAAAAACCUGCUCUUCUACACAAAGGGUAGGACAAUGUCACAAGUUAAAAACUCUUACUCCUUUGAUGCUCCCUCGGACUUCAUCAAUUUUACAUCUUUGGAUUAUGAGGAAGAUACAGAAAAUGUAGAUUCAUGGUUCGAGGAGAAGGCCAAUUUAGAGAAUAAGUUUCUUGGGAAAAAUGGGACAGGAGAGCUUUUUCAGAACAAAACUUCCUUGAGAAAAGCAAAUCUUCAGCAAGCUAGUCUCACACCUUUGCGACCAGUUGAGAACACUUACUACAAAGAGGCAGAAAAAGUAAAUCUUACGGAACAUUCUGAUUCAUCAAAUGCUUGUUGCACCCUGGAAGUUGAGGGAACCAAAUCAAGAAAUGCUCCAGCCCAGCCUCAGAGGAUAUCUCUUAGACUCUCUGCCCAGAAGAAUAUGGAGAAGAAAGAAAAACACCAUGUUCAAAUGAAAGCAAAGAGAUGUGCCACUCCUGUAAUCAGUGAAAUUCCACCUUCCAAGAAAAUGAAAAUUUCUCAAAACAGAAAGGAUCCAGAGGAAGAGGAAGAGGGCAGUGCUCAAGAUACUUCCAAAAAGAAUAAAUUUUCCCCAAAGAAAGCCAAGGGCAGACAUACUACACCUCAUGUACCAACUAUAAAGCAGAAAGUUCUCAAAAGUACUGAGGAGCAAGAGUUGGAAAAGAGCAUGAAAAUGCAGCAGGAGGUGGUAGAAAUGCGGAAAAAGAAUGAAGAGUUCAAGAAACUUGCUCUUGCAGGAGCAGGGCAACCUGUGAAGAAAUCAGUGAGCCAGGUAACCAAAGUAGUUGACUUCCACUUCUGCACAGAUGAGCGAAUCAAACAGCAUCCUAAGAACCAGGAGGAAUAUAAGGAAGUGAACUUUACAGCUGAAUUGCGAAAGCAUCCUCCCUCUCCUGCUCGAGUGGCUAAGGGAUGUACUAUUAUUAAGCCUUUCAACUUGUCCCAAGGAAGGAAGAGAACAUUUGACGAGGCUGCUUCUGCAUAUGUGUCCCUGGCACAGCAGGUUGAGGCGUUCCAUAAACGAACCCCUAACAGAUAUCAUUUGAGGAGCAAGAAGGAAGAUAUUAGCCUUUUAUCCUCCAAAUCUUCUGUGACCAAGAUAUCCACAGAGCCACAGACCCCUGUACUGCAAACCAGAUUCCGAGCGAGGCCUGUGACCUGCAAAAGUACAGUGGAACAGGAGGCUGAAGAGCUUGAGAAACUGCAGCAAUACAAAUUCAAAGCACGAGAAGUUGAUUCCAGAAUUCUUGAAGGUGGGCCCAUCUUGCCCAAGAGACCACCUGUGAAACCACCCACUCAGCCUAUUGGAUUUGAUUUGGAAAUUGAGAAAAGAAUCCAGGAGCGAGAGUCAAAGAAGAAGUCAGAGAAUGAACACUUUGAAUUUCAUUCCAGACCUUGCCCUACUAAGAUCUUGGAAGAUGUUGUGGGUGUUCCUGAAAAGAAGGUACUUCCAAUCACCGUUCCCAAGUCUCCAGCCUUUGCGUUGAAGAACAGAAUCCGAUUGCCCACCAAAGAAGAUGAGGAAGAGGAUGAACCGACAGUGAUAAGAGCUCAGCCUAUGCCACAUUAUGGCGUGCCUUUUAAGCCCCAUAUCCCAGAGGCAAGAACUGUAGAAAUAUGCCCUUUCUCCUUUGAUUCUCGGGACAAAGAACGCCAGUUACAGAAGGAGAAGAAAAUAAAAGAAUUGCAGAAAGGAGAGGUACCCAAGUUUAAGGCACUUCCCUUGCCUCAUUUUGAUAGCAUUAAUCUGCCAGAGAAGAAGGUCAAGAAUGUGACCCAGACUGAGCCAUUUGCAUUGGAGACUGACAAAAGAGGUGCUAGGAAGGCUGAGACAUGGAAGCACCAGCUGGAGGAAGAACUGAAACAGCAGAAAGAAGCAACUUGUUUCAAGGCUCGUCCAAACACUGUCAUCUUCCAGGAGCCCUUUGUUCCCAAGAAAGAGAAAAAAUCAGUUGCUGAGGACCUUUCUGGUUCUCUAGUUCAGGAACCUUUUCAGUUGGCCACUGAGAAGAGAGCCAAGGAGCGACAGGAGCUGGAAAGGAGAAUAGCUGAGGCGGAAGCCCAGAAAGCCCAGCAGCUGGAGGAGGCCAGAGAGCAGGAGGAAGAACAGAAGAAGGAGGAGCUGGCCAGGCUACGGAAAGAACUGGUGCACAAGGCAAAUCCAAUACGCAAGUACCAGGCUGUGGAGAUAAAGUCAAGCAACCAGCCUCUGACUGUCCCUGUCUCUCCUAAGUUCUCCACUCGAUUCCACUGCUGAAUUAAGCUGUGAGCUCCAGAUACUGCCUGGCAGCAGGAGCUGCUCAUUACGUCACACCAGGCAUGGAUAGAACUCUUUUCUCCAGACUCACCAACCCAUGCCUAUCAGCAUACCUACAACUGUGGGGCCAGUUCUGUGGAGAAGUGUUUUCAUACAUUUUAAGGCUAAAAUGAGACUCAACUAACUUAUGUAUUCCUUGAUGAGACUUCUAGUGGUUUCCUUUAGACAUCAGUUUACCCUUAAUUAGAAUUUCAAGUCUCUGUGUCAGCACAGUGCAAUUUCUUUUUCCCUUUAUCCCUUCCCUUUAUAUAUAUAUAUAUAUAUUUUAAUCAGAAAAUAAAGAUAGUUAAAUCUUGAGGUAGGAUGUAAGUCAUGGUUUAAAUGAGGAACAGUCAGUAUAUCAGAUUCUUUCCUCUUCUCUGUACAAAAUGAGUUUAUAAUUAAGAGCCUUAUGCCAUGAGAGUGGAGAACCUCAAUCACUGUGCCAGUGAAGAAGACCACAUGGCCUCCUGCAGACACACAGCAGCCACUUGGCAAGCUUCUAGCAGAGCUGCUGUUAAGGCCCAUUCCCGCCUUGGUGCUGAGUACAUUUUAGGACCGGGCCAGGAAUAAAUGUAUUUUGUCUUUCCCCUCCCUGGUUUUGUUACUUGGUGUUUUAAAAUUUAAGCUCUUUUUGAGGUCACAUCAUAUUGGGAAAGUGAGUGAUUUGAAAUGUGGCUCCAGGAUCUUUCCAAAACUCAGGCUCUAUCCUUAAAGGAAAGUGCUUUGUAACUUUUUUCUAUCCAUGGCAGAAUAUUACUCCAUAUUUUGUUAACUCGCUUCCAGUAACCACCUAAUCAUGUGUUAUACCUUCACAUAGAUUGUGCCUUCUUCCCUAGAUGAGUUUUUUUCUCAUCCUUAUAAGAUUCAGCUCAAGUAAAAUAUAUUUUAGAAUUCUUUCCUUAACCAUCUGACCUAAGAUAAGGAUGGUCACUUCCUUUGUGCCUUCCAAGUGUUUCUUGUAUGAAAUAUCUCUAGAGCAAUUGUCUCCUAUCUGAGUUGCUUAUAGUUCUUCACAAAAUAAUAGAGAUAUGUCAGUUUCUUGAAGACAAGAAUUAUUGUAGUCCUCUGUAUUUCUUGUGAUUGGCACAUAAUUGGCUUAGGUCUAUGUUAAGUAAUACAUUUUCUUUUGACUUUCCAUUAUUUUUGAGUAUCUACUCUGUCAUUCGUCUACUUCUGUGCCAAGAGAUACAAAAGCAGCCGUGUUCUGUACAGACUGGUCCUAAGCACCAUAUAUGAUAUGAGACCUAAUGCUUUAUCCAUGCACUGAGCAUUUAUGGAUUUUCUGUUAUAUACAAGCCACUGUAGAUCCAGCAACAGGUGACAGCAAGGUAGUGCUUCUCAGUAUGACUUAUAGAUUGCUCCCUCCUAGAGGCCAUGGAUCACCACAAAAUGAUGUUCUUUAUUUCCCAGAGAUAGGUAGCAUAUGGUUUUAUAAUCAUUUAUUUAGUUCAUUUAAUAAACAUUUAUGGUGCUAAAUAUAAACGUACACACCACCCUCUUUGGGUACUGUUCCAGUCUCUGGGUAUACAGCACUGAGAAAAAAGGACUGUACCUUUGAUGGACCUUAUUAUGUUUUAGUGGGAGGGAGAGACAGUAACAUGGAAGUGUUCUUCUGUCUGAUGAGAGAUCUUACCAUACCUGCUGUGCAGAUAGUCUAGGGUGGAAGAGGAGCAUGUGAGAUUGGGAAGGCAGUGCUGCCAGUAGCUUGGUAGGGUGGUUGCAGUGGAGGUGGUAAGAGAUGGUUGACUUCUGAGUGAAUUUGACCUUGUAAUUGAUAAGACUUGCUAAGGGAUUGGACCUGGAGAGAGAGGGGAGUUACGAAGGCCAUACAGCUGUCAGCCUCAGACAGACAUAGUCCUCCAUCGCUUGUACAAAGAUGAACCCAGUUCUUGGAUUCUUGGUUGUAUUUUUCUGGACAUGUAUUGCUUUGGUUUUUCCACCCCUACUAAUCUCUUGGUUUCUUCUCUGGAUCUGUCCUGUGUAGCUUUUCUCUCUACUUGUGUCACAAUUCUCCUCUACCAGUUCCCUAAUUCAUGUGUUUCCAUCUGACAUCACUUUUUCAUGUAUCUUGUAUGUUUUUGUUUUUGAUUGUUGGGACAAUAAAUCUAGCCCUCUGAGUA